AUGCCCGCCCCUUCCUCUUCCAAACGCGUUAAAUCCUCCCAAAUCCACCGCCCCUUCAUCUACGGUAGCAUAGCCACACCCUUCGACCCCUCCCUCCCUCGCCCCGCAAACCUCCCCGCCGAACACACCCACCGCUGGACCGUCUUCCUACGCCCCCUCACCCCAGACCACGACAUAACACACUGGCUAAAAAAAGUCCAAUUCAAAUUACACGAGACUUACGCCAACUCCUCGCGCAUGAUAGAGAGCGCGUACCAGCCCUUCGCUACAGCUUCUACACCCACGAGCGCCGGUGGGGCGGGAAGAGGGGAUGCAGGAGCAGCAGCGGCUUUGGCGGCUGUGGGCUCGAAGUGGGGAGAGGGGCCAGGAGGUGGGGGGCAGAGCUUUGAGGUUUCCGAGACUGGGUGGGGAGAGUUUGAGGUGCAGUUGAAAUUGUAUUUCGUGCCUGAGGCGAAUGAGAAGGCUGCUACGCUGUGGCAUGCGCUGAAAUUGCAUCCGUAUGGGCCGAGGGCGGAGGAGAUGAAGGAGAAGAGGGAGAGUGUUAUUAGUGUGUGUUAUGAGGAGGUGGUGUUCACGGAGCCAGUGGAGGGAUUCUUUGAUGUGUUGACGAGAGAAUAUAAUAUGGGUGCUGGAGGGAAGAGAGGGGGGAAGGGUGGUGGGAAAGGUGGGAGGGGAGGAAAGGGAGCGCAGGGUAGUUUGAAGGCGAAUGCGGAGGUGCCAGGCACAUUGCGCGCUCGAAAUACGAAAGCUCAGUCUUCGAAUCUGAAAGCCUACCAAGUCAUGGCGGGGGAUCAAUCAAGUGGCCCCAAGGAUGACCUGUGGAUUGUCUAUCUAGCCUAUCUCUACCAAGUUGACUGCGUGCAGGAGGAAUGA